CCCCGCGGCGCUAGCGGAGCCAAGAUGGCGACCGAGCUGGAAUACGAGUCUGUGCUGUGCGUGAAGCCCGACGUCAGCGUCUACCGGAUUCCGCCGCGGGCCUCCAACCGCGGCUACAGGGCAUCUGACUGGAAGUUAGAUCAACCUGAUUGGACUGGUCGCCUGCGAAUCACUUCAAAAGGGAAGGUUGCCUAUAUCAAACUGGAGGAUAAAGUUUCAGGGGAGCUCUUCGCGCAGGCCCCGGUAGAGCAGUACCCUGGCAUUGCUGUGGAGACGGUGACAGAUUCCAGCCGCUACUUUGUCAUCAGGAUCCAGGAUGGCACCGGGCGCAGCGCGUUUAUUGGCAUCGGCUUCACAGAUCGGGGAGAUGCCUUCGACUUCAACGUGUCCCUGCAAGAUCACUUCAAAUGGGUAAAGCAGGAAACCGAGAUUUCUAAAGAAUCACAGGAAAUGGAUAAUCGUCCCAAAUUGGAUUUAGGCUUCAAGGAAGGACAGACCAUCAAGUUGAGUAUUGGGAACAUUACAACCAAGAAAGGAGGUUCUUCUAAGCCCCGGACCUCAGGGGCUGGGGGCCUGAGCUUACUUCCCCCUCCACCUGGAGGCAAAGUCACUAUUCCUCCCCCAUCCUCAGUUGCCAUCAGUAAUCACGUCACCCCACCACCUAUUCCAAAAUCUAACCACGGAGGUAAUGAUGCAGAUAUCCUCUUAGAUUUGGAUUCUCCUGCUCCUGUCACGACUUCAGCACCAGCACCAGCUCCAGUUUCUACAAGCAAUGACUUGUGGGGAGACUUCAGCACUGCAUCCAGCUCUGUUCCAAACCAGGCACCUCAGCCAUCCAACUGGGUCCAGUUUUGAGGAGCAUUGCACGAAGUUAAGGACACUUGAAAAAUAAAAAUGACCUCAAGGGCACCAUUCUAUGAGGGCAUUGAGGGACCGCUUCAUUUCCCAGAACCAAAAUCAGUGGACAAUCCUUUCCAUAGCUUCUCUGUCGCAUUCAGGCUGGAUUUUUUUGUUACCUCUGUUACUUGCUGUACAGCUAGGAGACAAUCUGUUUCUUGCUCAUAACCAAGGCAGGGGAAGUAGUGGGAAUUAUCACACUGGCCUACUGUGCAGAGCUCAGAAGGCCAACUUUGUGAGUGGGAGUGACCUCUAACAUAUGUAAAUUCUUGAACUUAUUUCAGAAUCAUCUCAUGAUUCCUGUGUGUCCCUUUGUGAUGCUCUAUUUAGCAAUUUUAGGAGAGACAAAUGCCUUGUAACUGUCUUCUCCACUAACCCAAGACUAAAAAUGGGCAGGCCAGCCCCAGUACUUACAAAUUUAGGGUUGUCAUAGGGUAGGUUCCGGAAAGCUGGGUCCCGGUCUGUCCUGUAAGGCCUCCUUCAGGCCUAUCAUAGUCAGUGAGCGUCCAGGCUGGGUGCAGCCCCGUCACCUUCCUGUGUGUUUACGCGUCUCUUCCCUUGAUAAGACAGCUGUGUUGGUGGCACCUCACUGUUUUCUUCCUGUAGAAUAGUGCAGCGUCUUUGACCAGUGAAUAUUUCUGAGAUGAAGGAGGGUCAAGGGGUUGUGCUCUCCAAGUUGUAGUCUACAGAAGUGCUUAAUUUCUUGCAACUCCAUGUAAUUGCAUUUGAAGCAUAGCAUUAAUUCAUACUCACCCUGUGUUUGACCGACAGAUAAGAGUUCUAGUUUGAUGUGUAGAGCAGAGAGGUGCAAGCUCUUAGCUCUCAUUCAGUACCCACAUGCCUUGCUGCCUGGUUUUGACUCCUUUUCAUAAACAUUUCUUUUCAGCCCAUCCAGCUCUUCCACAGAAAGCUGCUAUUACAUAAUUGUGAGUGUGAAGGAGGUUAAGUCACAGCUUUACCUGUGACAGGCUUUGCGCCAGGCUUUGAUACCCAGCUAGGAUAUCUUAAAGCAAGUUACUGCCCCAUCACUUUCCCGUCCCUCUGCCCUUCAUUCCUUUUACAGUGCUGUGAAGAGAGUCCCAUCAGGUCAGUGGGUCCUCUCCUUUGUUUGUUGGGCAAGUUGAGGGUGGAAUAGGAGGAUUUAGUCUUCUGUGAACAUCUGUUUGGAGAUGUAUGUUCUGGCUGAAGAGGGUCCUUAUAUUUAAUUUCAAAUAUAUUUUCUCGUAUUCUUAACUUUUCUAAUUUUGGGUCCAUUUUCCCCAUUACCUCCUCUUUCCAGGCAGCUCUCUUCUUGCAGAGCCAUGGCAGGACAUUUAUGGUUCCAAUAAAAACACUAAGAGGAAAGUGUAGGAUCACUAGUGACUAUUGGGAAACCUAUUUUCUCAAGCUUCCUCCAUUUUGUGUUCUUUGUAUUGUUCAGAUGAUAAUAUAUUAUGUAUUUGAAUUGCUGAAAAUUGAAAAUGAAGUUGAAGAUAUAUGUAUAUAAAGCAUAUGCUGUAUUGGUGCAAUAAUGGUAAUUAAAGAUGUGAAAAAGGUA